AUGGCCUCCCAACCAACUGCAGAAUCCACGACCGGCACAGUCAUGCAGAGCUUCAGCUGGAUCUUUUACCAACGUCCAGCUAAGGGUCUGAAGACCUCUGAGAAGAUUGACUACCAGAACUGUGUCAAAAGCAACUGUAGUGCCAAUUUCACUGCUGCCGGUAUCCCACAAAGCCUCUCUUUGGAUAGGAUUCUGCAAAACGAAACAGCUUCACCAUGUUCAAUCUCGGAUCUGCUCAAUUACUUGCGCUAUAUUGAACACUCCCCUGAGCAUCUUGAAUUCUACCUCUGGCACGAAGACUACACUAAGAGAUUCGAGGCCUUGAGUGAUGAAGAGAAAGCACGCUCUCCCGCCUGGACUUUCAAUAAAAAUGGCACUCCAGUUGUUGGGUAUGGCUCUGCAGUUUCUACUCUCAGGUCUAAUAGUACCGUCUCUCGAGGCAGUUCCUUUGAUGAUAAGGACAACUUGUUUUCCUACAACUCCAAGAAGCCUUCUUUAGUUUCCGAAGAAUUUUCGGCUCAGCCCUUCCGAGCGGAGAUUUCCCGUAUUAUCGCUCGUUACAUCGCCCCUGGCGGUGCCAGGGAGCUCAAUAUUUCUUCUCGUGACCGUGAGGCUACAAUUCAAGCUUUAUCCUAUACGACCCACCCAUCCGCUGUCAUGAACCUCAAAGUCGACUGUGACAACUAUCUUCGCCACCAAUCUCAUCCUAACUUCAUUCGCUGGGUUAUUGCCAACUGUACUAACCCUCGUAUGAACUUUGCAUACUCAUUGGGUUCCGGUUUGCUUGUCCUCGCCAUCCUCCUCAGCCUUUUCCUCACACUCAGUUCGGCUCCUCGAGCAUGGCGACUAUUCGGCGCUCUCCUCUGGUCUAUUGGUGUUAUCAUUCUUAUCUGUGCUUGGAAAGGAAUAUGUCUCGUUCUUAUGGCUAUGGGUCAUCGCCGCCUCCUUGAGCCUUGGGAAAUCAAGCACGACGAUAUCGAAGACGAUAAGAGCAUGGCUUCUAGCAGCUUCGACGAAGCUCUUCCAGAUAGCUGGGAUGAUGCUCCGUGGAUGCAACGUGACAGGAAAAAGGCCUGGCUUCGCCGAGUGUUUGGAGAUACUGUCCCCGUUGAAGACAACCAAGUCCGCCGCCUCCAGGAUAUCAUUUUGCUUCAAGGUCUUGGGCUUACUAUCCUUGGAACACUCCCGUUCAUCGCGGUGUUCUUGGCUAUCCCCCAGGGCCAUCUCAUUUAA